CUGUCUAUGAUGGAGAGGAACACGGUCGUUUCAUGGAAAAAUUGGAAGCGCGAAUCAGAAACCAUGAUCGCGAGAUUGAAAAAAUGUGCAACUUCCAUUACCAGGGCUUUGUGGAUUCCAUCACGGAGCUGCUGAAAGUUAGGGGUGAAGCUCAAAAACUGAAGAAUCAAGUGACGGACACCAACCGAAAACUGCAGAAUGAAGGAAAAGAAUUGAUAAUAGCAAUGGAAGAGCUGAAGCAAUGUCGAUUACAACAGAGAAAUAUCUCGGCGACGGUUGAUAAGCUGACACUCUGUCUUCCUGUCCUGGAGAUGUACAGCAAACUGCGAGACCAAAUGAAAUCUAAAAGACACUACCCCGCGCUGAAGACGCUGGAGCACCUGGAGCACACGUACCUGCCCCAAGUGAGUCAUUACCGCUUCUGCAAGAUCAUGGUGGAUAAUAUUCCCAAACUGCGCGAAGAAAUAAAAGAAGUUUCCAUGUCAGACCUCAAGGAUUUCCUGGAGAGCAUCCGUAAGCACUCUGACAAGAUUGGAGAGACAGCAAUGAAACAGGAUUGCAGAUACAAUCAAUGGAAAAUAAUUGCCAAGAUAUUCUUCAGUCUUCUGCUAUCUCCAAAUGAUAAGGCACAGCAGCAAAGAAACCUGGACAAUAUUGUAUCACAGCAUCCCAGGAUAAGCGGCGGAAAGAAGUCCAAGAAAGAAGUCUGCGCAAACUCAGAUUUGGAGGUAAAAAACACUAGCCCCAUGUCUGAGCAGGAUUCGGGUAUCCUGGAUGUUGAAGAUGAGGAUGAGGAUGAAGAGGUGCCUGGGGCUCAGGACUUGGUGGACUUCUCCCCUGUGUACCGAUGCCUGCACAUAUACUCUGUGCUGGGAGCCCGCGAGACCUUUGAGAACUACUACAGGAAACAGAGGAGAAAACAAGCUCGCUUGGUCCUGCAGCCUCCUUCGAAUAUGCACGAAACUUUAGAUGGCUACAGGAAGUAUUUUAAUCAAAUUGUAGGGUUUUUCGUAGUUGAAGACCACAUCUUGCAUACGACCCAGGGCUUGGUAAAUAGAGCCUAUAUUGAUGAGCUGUGGGAGAUGGCUUUAUCCAAAACUAUUGCAGCACUGAGAACACAUUCAUCCUACUGUUCUGACCCGAGCCUGGUGUUGGACUUGAAGAACCUCAUCGUCCUCUUUGCAGACACACUCCAGGGCUACGGCUUCCCAGUGAACCAGCUCUUUGACAUGCUGUUGGAAAUCCGAGACCAGUAUAGUGAAACCUUGCUCAAGAAAUGGUCAGGAGUUUUCAGAAAUAUACUUGAUUCAGAUAACUACAGUCCCAUCCCAGUAACAAAUGAAGAGAUUUAUAAGAAAAUAGUUGGACAGUUCCCGUUCCAGGAUGCUGAACUCGAAAAGCAACCGUUUCCAAAGAAGUUCCCCUUCUCUGAGUUUGUGCCUAAAGUUUACAAUCAGAUUAAGGAAUUCAUCUAUGCUUGUCUGAAGUUCUCGGAAGACCUUCACCUGAGCUCGACGGAAGUCGAUGACAUGAUCAGAAAAUCGACAAAUCUGCUGCUGACCCGAACGCUGAGCAACUGUUUACAGAACGUCAUUAAGAGGAAGAACGUAGGGCUGACCGAGCUUGUACAGAUUAUUAUUAACACAACCCAUUUGGAGAAAUCCUGCAAGUUCCUAGAGGAAUUCAUAACCAAUAUCACUAAUGUACUUCCAGAAACUGUCCACACUACGAAGCUCUAUGGGACCACAACCUUCAAGGAUGCCCGCCAUGCUGCAGAGGAAGAAAUUUACACUAAUCUGAAUCAGAAGAUAGACCAAUUCGUGCAGCUGGCAGAUUACGACUGGAUGGCCGUGGAACCAGGCAGCAAAGCCAGCGACUACCUGGUAGAUCUCAUCGGCUUCCUACGCAGCACGUUUGCUGUGUUCACCCACCUCCCGGGCAAGGUGGCGCAGACCGCGUGCAUGUCAGCGUGCAAACACCUCUCCACGUCGCUGAUGCAGCUGCUGCUGGAAGCCGAAGUGCGGCAGCUGACGCUGGGGGCCUUACAGCAGUUCAACCUGGACGUAGAGGAAUGUGAACAGUUUGCCAGAUCCGGCCCAGUGCCUGGGUUCCAAGGGGACACGCUGCAGUUGGCCUUCAUCGACUUGAGACAACUCUUAGAUCUGUUUAUCCAGUGGGACUGGUCGACGUAUUUGGCCGACUACGGGCAACCCACAUGCAAGUACCUUCGCGUGAACCCCACGACAGCCCUCGUCCUACUGGAAAAGAUAUCACGAGUGAUGCGAGACACGAGCAGGAAGAACAACGUGUUUGCGCAGUUUCGGAAGAACGAACGGGACAAGCAGAAGCUCAUAGACACGGUGGCCAAACAGCUCCGCAGCCUGAUCAACAGCCAUCACUCGUGAGGGCACCGGGCGCUCGAGACGAGACUCUGGGACCUCCAGGCAGUGCUGGGCUCUGCACCACAGCCUGCUGCAUGCCUGGACUUGGGAUUCUUGUUCAAAGAGAAUAUAUGUAUUUUUUUAUUCACAUGUAUAGUAUUCGUGAAACCUACCCUUCUGACAAAAUGUUUCUUGUUAAACAAUCCCGGGGAAGAAGGGUGGCACUAUUUGUGCUGGCUCAGUGAAGUCAGGAGUCAGGAGUCUCCCUUAUAAGCUCCUAUUUUCAGGGGGUUGUAAAAUGAGGGUAAAAGCUGAAGGCUCAGAGAGAAGUUCACACCUAGACUUUUUUUGUGUGUGUAAGCCAAAUUCGAAGAAUCCGUUUGACUUUCUUUUGUUAAGUUAUUCAACUGCAGAACAAAUGAAAAAAAAAUAUUGGGAGCAGCCACGAUUUCAGAUUCUUUUCACGGACUCUGGUAAACCGAGCACAUGUUUAGAAGAGGGUCACUUGUUAGCCUGUCUUGCAAAUUUGCUUACUGGAUUUGUGUAGGAAGAGGGGCAAACUGAUUUCCCAGUGUUUCUCUUUCAUCUUUUUUCCUGUAAGGGCUGAUUUCCACCUUAGCUUGCAGAUGCCUUGCAGGGAGGCAGCAGCUGGAGCUGCACUCCUAGCCCAUUCCUGCACAUCUGCAACCACAGCACUCAGAACGGAUGCGCGCUGAGCUACACCUCUAGGACCUGCUGUUGUCUUUCGUACCUGCACCGAAUGCAAAAGGGCUCAAGAGCUGCCUCAUUAAAUAGAUAUGGAGAGAGCGAGACAGCAAAUAACCUUGCACGGUGCCCUGAGGUGCUGUUCUGGUGCUGGGUUGCUGCGACCCUUACUCAGCAGGGUCGGAUGAUGUUAAUGUCGUGCCUGGCAGUGGUGAAGGAGGAGAGAAACAGGAUGCUGCAAAGACAGACUAGGAUUUCCCAUUGCACAGGGCAUUCUUUUUAGUUUUUCUCUCCUUGCAGCUCUUUUCCAUGCUGCUGUCCUUGUCUUCACUCUGCUGAAGACAUGGCGAGAUGGAGUCAAGUCCCUCUGCUUCCCCCAGUCUGGCUUGUGCUGUGCAAGGAGCAGCCCAGCAAACUCGACUCUCCCCGAGAUAAUCGGCAUGAAGCCCCUGGCUGGCCUCGAAGUGGAGAGAGCAGCAUCUUCGCCUUUGGAGCAGCAGCAUCCAACUCCCCCUGGCUCGGAAGUGCCUAAGGACAAAAUUCACCUCUUUGCACUGGAGGUGCCCAUACAUCAUCCCCUCAAAUCAAGACGUCUUUGAGGGCAACCCUAAUGCUAUCAACAGGGCGUUAAUCAUGGAGUUCGUGUUACAGAGAGAGGGGACUUUUGCCCUUAUCUUUUCUUUACCCUUUUGACUCUUAAUUACUGCAGGUGGAAGCUUAUCCAGCCGGUUCCCCCACCUACCAAGCCCUGAUGCUGUGUUGAAGGGAAUUAAAGUCUCUGGUGUGUACAUAACCACCCUGGCGGUGCUGCUUCUGCACGGACGUAAGCGUUGCGCAUUUUUUUAAUGCCGUUUGAAUGUCUUGGGUUGUCAGCUUUCUCCUGAAAUCACUUCUGGAAGUUGAUGCACUCGCCUCAGAGCGAGGUUUGUUCUUCUUAACCUCCUUUCACGCUAUGGAAGGGCAGGGCUGGUUUGAAUGCUGUUAUGUCGUGACGCAUACGUUUGCAGAACGGUAGCUACAGUUUCUUCCUGCAUUUAGUCCCUUUUCUUUCUCACCGUGUGCACUUUCUGCUUCGUGACUCUUGCCUGGGAAGCUCUUCUGACACUCAAGCUCUGGAUACACGAAGGGGACGGUGCUUUAUCUUCCGUCCUUGUUCCUCAGCAAUACAUCUUUUUUUUUUUUUGAUAAGGGUACAUGGUACUUAACCCUGAAAGUAAACAGGCACAUUGGAGGCAAUGAACUGUUGUCCCGUCAUGGCGAUCUCCAAACGUGAGGGCCAGUGCAUGGCCCUCAUUUUCAUUAAUAUGAGGGAAGACCAAAUGUUGGAAGUUGGCUUUAUGGUUCUUUUCUUUGGGGGUGGAUCAGAGGGUACUUUCAGCUUAAUGUCUCUUUGAAGAACAUGUAAGAAGGGUAGAGGAAAAAGAAGCAGCUGAAGGAAAGUUGUCAUUAUUGCGUCCAGAAAAAGAUCAGCGACGGCAGAGACAUGCACGCACGAGCCAGCAAGCGCUUGCUCUUAAGACAGAGACAAGUGAAAAAAGAAACUUGGUUGAUCCCCGCCGUGGUGAAUUCUUUUCUGUUCUCCAAAACGCUGUGACGGUGAAAGCGGGGCUGCCUCCAUCAGCCUCCAGCACGCCAGCAAGAAGGGCCCUGUGGCUCCUCGGUGGUGGGGGUGGCCCUGAGCUCAUCGGGGCACCAAGAGCUGAACCUGAGUGCUGGACCCAGCCUGCUCAACGAGGCCUGGGAGCUUCGUUGCCUGCUGAGUCCGUGCGAUCUGGAGCUGUCUUAGCGUCCCGAAGGCUGCACAAUUGAGAAUGAAAAGUCAUCCAGCUUGUCGGACUCUGGCAGGAAGCUCUCCUUAGCUCAACUGCAGAGAAAAGGAAGGAGACCUGUCCUCGCCGCCUGGCCAAGGCGUCUUGCUAGCUAUGGGGAAGCUCUCGGUGCCCCUGCCGAGAUGCGUCCCGUGGAGCAGCAUGGACCGCAGGGCGCUUUAUUCCUCCUUCUCAUCACCUGGUGGUGUCUCGAUGGGAGAGAGGGGCAUUAGCAUGAGUCGGAGUGAAAAGCAGGGGCAAAACCAAGCGGGAUCGGCUGCUCAAAGAGCCACAUCUGUCUCCCCUGAGCGAUGGAGGUCCUACACAGAGUAUAGAGAUUGAAACAAAACCCGAGAUACUCGGUGGCGACAGUAAUACGGGAAGCUUCAAUCCACAGGGCACUUAUGUUAAGGGCCAUUUAAUAGUAACAAGCACUUUAAAAUACUUCAGAAUCAAGCUGCUACAGAUGCUGGCGACGGUGUAAUCGAGCAUCAGCAAGCAUGACAAAUAAGGCACUCUGGCAUUUCCAGUUUUUAUUAGUGGGAGGAUAGACUGUCAAACACAAUUUUUAAUCGCGUUUGUCAGCCGCCGACUUUGCUGCUGGGCAAGGCGGUGGCUUUGCAGCCUUGAUUAUUUUCCGCUCCUCCGCGCUAGCUGCUGGGACGUGGCCGGGGAAGGGAGGGGAAGAGGGGACGUGCCGUGGGAGCGCGACCUUCCUUUGAGCGCUCCAGCCAGCUCUGACCUUCCCGACCUGCAGCCGGGCCCUCCCGCCCCCC